CGAACCUCUCGCGUUUCGCCAUGCCGUCGCCGGCGUUAGAAGUCUGAGUGGUUGUGUACAUUUAUUUCUAAAAUUAUAUACCUACGAGACUGUUACGAGACAAGUAGGCCUAUUAUAAAAUGUUAUAGACUACGAGGUAAUAUUUUAAUUUACCGUCAUCACGUUGACAAUUUUUGUUCAAAUUUGUAAUUUUUAUUUUUUUUCCGUACACAUGUGCUCGUAACAUUUCCACUCGUGAUACACACCGAGUUCCUCGAAACAGGUUUAAUCAAAACACGUAAUAUAUAUUCAAAUACACUUUUUAAAAUGGGUGUUGGUCAUUCAAAUAGACAGGAUCGCUCAUGUCCGUUGGAUGGUGAUGAACACUGUACGUCUCCGCAAUCCAUAAACAGUGGAUGGCAGUUACGAUACAACCUGCACAUGUUCACGGCGUUGCUUUUAGUCGUAUGUGGUGUUUGGGUGUGCUUGAAAAUCCAAUGUUGUCUAGCGCCACUGUUAAACUUUGAUCACUUUGAAAUUUUGCGAGCAAUCGGUAAAGGCAGUUUUGGUAAAGUAUGCAUAGUGGAAAAAAAAAAUUCACGUCAAAUGUACGCAAUGAAGUACAUGCAGAAGAGUCGUUGCAUUGAAAGAGAUGCCUUAAAAAAUGUUCUAAGAGAAAUGGAAAUAUUAACUACGCUUGAACACCCGUUCCUGGUAAAUCUAUGGUUCUCUUUUCAAGACGAGGAAGACCUAUUCAUGGUUUCAGACCUAUUAUUGGGAGGCGACUUGAGGUACCACUUGGGUCAAGACGUCAAAUUUAGUGAAAAUUCAAUAAAACUGUUUGCGUGCGAAAUUGGCUCUGCAUUGGAAUAUCUGCAAAGCGAGCACAUAGUUCACAGGGACAUAAAGCCGGAAAAUAUUCUGCUAGAUGAAGAAGGUCAUGCACACAUUACCGACUUUAAUAUAGCAGCUACACUACAUGGUAAAAAAUUAGCAUCAUCGUUAUCCGGCACCAAACCGUACAUAGCACCAGAAGUAUACUUAUGUUCUUUGGGCGAAUGCGCUGGAUACUCGUAUCCCGUUGAUUGGUGGUCGUUAGGCGUUACACUUUACGAAGUCAUGUCAAGGUGUCGACCAUACGACAUCCAUUCUGGUACAACGCCUAGGGAAGUUCGGUCAAUGUUGAUAAACUCGACGGCGUCCACCGCAAUACCACCGAAAUGUUCAGAACAAUUGAGCGUAUUAUUUCAAAGACUGUUGUGCAUUAACCCAGAGGAAAGAAUCACUACGGUCAAGAAGCUGAAAUCCAUUCCAUGUAUAAGUCGAUACAAUUUCGGAAUGAUAUUAGAAAAACAAAUCAGGCCACCGUUUACGCCACCGAAAGAUCGGCUGAACUGUGAUCCAACAUUUGAAUUAGAAGAGAUGAUCGUUGAACCCAACCCAUUACAUCGAAAGCCUAGACGUUUAGCAAAGCAAAGGUCACUCAGAACAUCCAUGACAAUUGAAGACACGGAAACUAGCAGGCAACUUCAGCAUUUUAAAUGCUAUAAUCGCGAGAAAGAACUAGAAAGGCGAGAAAUGGAACGCAAAGAACACGACUGGGAACAGGAACUAAUUAAAGCUAUGAACGCCUCAACAAUACCAGCAAUCGUCCCGGCCAUGGUGACGGACAGGGACGGAGGGGGUGACUUGCUGACUGUGCCCAUUAUGUCGACCGAACGACGGCGGUCCAGUUGCAAACUGAACAUCUCACCGGUCAGUAUCCAGACUAGACUGUUUUCUGCGCAGGCCGAUACUGGCAGUUGACACAAACACGAGGCACAGGGAAAUUGAAUGCCACCGAAAAUCUAUUAACGAUAAUUAUUGUAUGUAAUGUUGUUAAUUUGUAUUUAUUUUAUUAUAAUAAUAGUAUUGCGUCCUUGUGGUCGUGGUAUGAAACGUAUUAUUGCAAUGUAUAUACCGCCAACUCACAAUCGACGAGUGGACCAAACAACAACUGCAUCGAUGAUAGUAAUGAUAAUAAUAAUUGCUAGAUCCAUUGAUAUAAUAACGUACCUAAUACGAAAUAAACAAGACAUUAUAACACUGUCAUCAUUACAGUACGAUAUGCUUUAGUGUCCAGGAAUCGUCCUUCAUCACUGUCUAUUCGUUAUAAAUUAUAUUUCUAGGUGUACGGGUACUAACGGAGUUAAACUGCCGUGAUUAUCAUUGCUAUAGCUACGAUUUUCGUUUUCUCAUAAGCUAUAAAGCAAUAACGUUAUUAAAAAGCGUUUUAAAACUAUAAUAUAAUAAGAAAUUUAAUUGAGCGAAUAAAAAUGAUUUUCAUUCGCAAAUGUUGCAAGUGUUUGUUUUCUGAAUAUUUUUUUUAUAUAGGUAUAAAGGUACAUAUUAUUAGGAAACAAUUAAACUGGGUUUAAUAUAUCUAAAUAGUAUUUUGUUUAAUUAUAUACACACAUACACAUACACCCAGUGCGGAUCACAGUGUUUUCCCGUUUUUCUAUAUUAUAUAGUAUUUUUUACAUUUAAUACGUGUAGUGCAGUAAAAUGCUUAUUGAUUAAUUAUUAUAUUAUUAUUUUACAGUACCUAUAUACUACGAACGCAUGGUUAAUGAUGCUUGUAUGGAUCAUUAUUAAUGACUAAUAAUGAAGUGUUAACUCUGAAACAGAUUAUGAAUAAUAAUUAUUACUUAUUGGAUUAUCUAGAUUACAAGCAAUGUUUUUAAUGUCCUGGUCGAUAAAUACCGCCACAUUUUGGCAUUUCUGAUGUAAUAUACUAUUUGAA